ACCUUUGAUAAGUACUAACCAUUGAAUCACAGAGCACUAAGUAAAUAUUUCAGCAACCAGCCAUGAAUACUGCACGUUCUUAUGAACCCUUAUCAACGCGUCCUGGAACUGGGCAGUCGCGUCCUUAUACACGGCAGUCGCGUCCAACCAGUACAUCCCGACCGUGGACUGCCCAGUCACGUCCUGGGACGGCGCGUCCCCAAACCGCCGCUUCCACUAUGCACGAUGCCAGUUAUAUUAUCGCCCUCAUCGAAAGUCGAGGCAUCGCUCACGAAGUGGGUAUGGCCGCUCUUGAUAAAGAUACGGGUAGAGUCAUGCUCAUUCAGCUCUCGGACUGUUCCACGUAUGUUAAGACGCUACACCAGAUGCAUGUGCAUCCGCCAUCUGUGAUACUCGUGCCCGAUACAUUUAUAUCCUCAACGAACGCAAGCCUCACUUCGUCUGCAUCUGCCAAGCGAGGACCUUCAUCGUCAUCGCUGUCGGUACAGUUCAUCAGGGAGGAGUUUCCUCAAGUCCCCAUUGAACCGGUACCAAGAAAAUACUGGAAUGAUAGCGCUGGCUAUCAGUUUAUCGCUCAGUUCUGUGUUGAAGACGAUGAGCGUGCGGCCACACUGGUUUCAGUCACAGACAAAUACUAUACACUCUCGGCCGCAUGCGCUCUCUUCAAAUUUGUGGAAACACGCCUCAACACCCGCUUUUCUGCGUGUUCCCUUCGUAUACGUUACAUUCCUGUUGAGGGCACGAUGAUGAUAGACCCUGAGACUGUUAGGAAUCUGGAACUGAUCAACAAUCAGACCCGCAAGAAAUCCACCCAUUCUCUCUUUGGGGUCCUUAACCACACUUACACUGCAAUGGCCACACGACUUCUGCGAACGAAUAUACUGGCACCCCUGAUAGCCCAAAACGCUUUGGAUGCCCGCCUAGACGCUGUGGAAGAGCUAAUUCACAGCGAAGAUAAAUUUACGGAGAUCAAGGAUGCCUUGAAAACCUUGAACAAGAUGGACUUUGACAAACUCAUCUCAUCGCUUGGGUUUUCUGAAGUUCGGCCAACAACAACAGCAAAAGGAGCUUUCUCCCGCGUCUCGCAGAUGCUCAACUUGCGCACUGCCGUCCGAAGCCUUCCAUUUUUGCAGACAGCUUUGAGUGGAUGCAAGUCUCAGCUGCUGCUGGUAAUAUACGACAUACUGUCUGACGAACGACUGACCAAGAUCGAGGAGCUCGUCGCAGAAAACCUUAAUGAUGAUGCAGGAUCAGUCAAGGGAGGGAUUGGUGCGAUCAAUGCAAGGGUAUUCGCAGUUAAGGCCAACCGCAAUCGUCUCUUGGAUGUUGCUCGCGAAACUUUCAAAGAAAAUGUCACAGACAUAUACCAGCUCAACCACACCCUAAGCGAACAACAUUCCCUGCAGCUUAGCCUCGUUUACCAAGAUAGUGGCUUCGUGUUCACUAUCAAGAAGGAUGAACUCGAGGACGAGCUGCCGAAGGGAUUCAUCAACGUUUCUGCGCAAAAGGGUCGUUGGUUGUUCUCGAGCAUAGAUCUAAAAAAAAUGAACGCUCGAAUGAAAGACUCGUUGGAGGAGACGCUGGUCCUAAGCGACAGGAUUAUCCAGGAUGUGGUAGGCGAGAUUGUAGCGUUUUCGGGAGUGCUAUACUCUGCGUCGGAAGCGGUUGCAACCAUUGACUUGUUAUGGUCUUUUGCUCAUGUCUCCAUCAUGCGAAGAUAUGGUAGAGUACAUACUCCUUUCUUUCCGACGCCACCAACUCUUGUGUUAGUGCGUCCCGAGUUCACCGAUACCUUGGCGAUCAAGAGUGGUCGUCAUCCAGUUCUUGAGACUGUUCAAGCUGCUGGAAUGGUUGUUUCAAAUGAUAUUUAUUGCAGCGACGCCGCCCACUUUCACAUUGUUCAGGGACCAAACAUGUCAGGUAAAAGCACAUAUCUGCGUCAAACGGGCCUUCUCACUGUGAUGGCGAUGGUCGGUUGUUUUGUCCCUGCUGCCUAUGCAAGCUUUCGCCUGCAUGACUCUUUACUUACUCGGCUCUCCAAUGACGACGAUAUGGAGAAGAGCCUCAGCACGUUUGCAAAUGAAAUGACUUCCUCUGCUAUGAUUAUAGGAAUUGCGACUUCGAAAACACUGGUACUUAUCGACGAGCUGGGUCGAGGAACUGCCCCUAUUGAGGGUCUUGGUAUCGCACAUGCUAUUGCAGAGGAACUCAUCAGAUUGAAAUGUUUUGUUCUCUUUGCUACUCAUUUUCACGAGUUAUCGACCACCCUUUCUCGUCAGCCUACCGUGGUGAAUUUGCAUCUGUCUGUUCAGCGUUCGCUUCCAUCGGCCUCUAACUUCGGCUUGACAUUUCAGUACAAGAUACUUGACGGAGUCCCAGAGAAUAUAGGCCACUAUGGACUGGAACUAGCCAAGUUAGCUGACCUCCCCGACGACGUGGUCUCGGAAGCGAGACGAGUGUCUGAGAUCAUUACUGAAAAAAACCUGCGUUGCGAGGAGGAAAGUAGCAUAAACAUCUUGACCAUCCGCCGGCGUGCACUUCUGAAGGUAUCGUCAAUCACCUUCCUGAAUACUCCUAGUCCUGAAUGUUGGCUAUAUCCUCAGCUUCAUUCACAGUUGAACCAGGCGUUGGACCAUUCUGCGCUUCCUGAGGAGGAACUAGUCGGAUAUCUGGCACGGCUGCAGAGAGAUUUCAUGAAGACUCUGAAAGACACCCUUUGAUGUUCGCUGCAAAACGGAUUCGGGACGGUGCUUGACUCAGCAAUAUACGAAGGUGACGUUGCGGACUCCUUACCUGCUUGCUUAAGCUUGAAGAGACGAAACGAGAAGUGCCAGGCGCCAUUCAAACAUCCAUUUUCUCAUGUCCCCUGCAGGCACUCUCGAUAUGUUGAACGAUUCUCAUGUUCUUACCAGUUGCUUCUAAAAUGUUUUUGACACCGAA